AUGGCAUGUGGAAGUGGUGUAGCUGGUGCUGGGGUUGGUUGUAGCAGUAGUGUUAAUAGUGGAACGGUGGUAAGUCGGGUAUUCAGAAGUUCUAAACCCUUGGUUCUUGGAGAUAGAGAAAAUCUCAGCUCUGUGGCUAAAAUCAUGAAAACUACAGAUUCUAACUAUUGCCUGUAUGAUUCGGAUAUUGCAACUGGCUUGGCUGUGGGGUCCUUGUUGUUCCUUAUAGCUAGUCAGCUCCUUAUAAUGGUGGCAAGUCGAUGCUUGUGCUGUGGGAGGGCUUUGAAACCAGGUCGUUCAAGGGCAUGGGCAAUUGUUCUAUUCAUCAGUUGUUGGGCUUCGUUUUUUAUUGCUGAGGUGUGCUUGCUGGCGGGUUCUGUGAGGAACGCAUACCACACCAAGUACAGGACUCGUUUCUCAGACGAUCCUCCUUCUUGUGAGAUCUUGAGGAAAGGAGUCUUUGGAGCAGGGGCUGCAUUCAUAGUUUUCACUGGCAUAAUCUCUGAGCUUUAUUAUGUUAGCUACUCAAAGGCUGAUGAUGGGUACCUUCCGAAUAGCAGGGAGACCGGAAUAAGGAUGGGAACCUACAACUGAACCCAGCCCGAGAGAAGAAGAAAUUUUGGUAUUUUGUUUCAUAGAUUUUACUUGUCAUAUAAAUAUGGGCAACUAGAAUAUCAGAAUCUGCAUCAGGAUCCACCAACAAGUAUAUUGGACUGUAUUGCGAUGAUGAUUUAACAUUUUUAGUAUGUUCUUAGUUUUGUUUUGUGUGCAUUCGAAAAGGUACUUGUUUAGUUUUAUCCUCCUGUUGAAAAAAUGAGCCGCCAUCCUGUAGCACAACCACAACACUGAUUCUCCGACAAAACCCACCAUUUCCUAACAGCUAGGUAGCUAUUCAUGAUAAGGAUCAUAGUAGCAUGAUGUGGUUCUCUCUUUGUCAGCCUAGGAUUAAGACUCCAUUUUAUGUGUAUAUUUUUGAU